AUGGCCGCUAACGCCUAUCCGAAUUCUUUGGAAGGCACGGAGGGCGAGGUGAAGGAGGGCUUCCUUUGUCCGCUGUGCCUCAAGGACCUGCAGUCGUUCUACCAGCUCCAAGAGCACUACGAGGACGAGCAUUCUGGCGACGAGCGCCGCGUUCGAGGGCAACUCAAAAGUUUAGUCCAGAAGGCAAAGAAAGCUAAAGACAAGCUGUUGAAGAGGGAUGGAGACGAGCGUGGGGAUGCUGGCACUUACGAGUCCUUCUAUUACGGUGGCGUGGACCCGUACAUGUGGGAACCUCAGGAGCUGGGAGCAACAAGAAGUCACUUGGACUUGUUCAAGAAGCAGCGCGCCGCCAGGAUCGAUCACUACGUCAUCGAAGUCAAUAAGCUCAUCAUCAGACUGGAAAAGCUGACAUCCUUCGACAGAACCAACUCAGACGCAGCCAAAAUCCGAGCCAUCGAGAAGUCUGUCGUGCCCUGGGUGAGAGACGGAGACGUCCCUUUCUGUCCCGACUGUGGAACCAAGUUCAAUCUUCGCAACAGACGGCACCACUGUCGUCUCUGUGGCUCCAUCAUGUGCAGGAAGUGCGUGGAGUUUGUUCCCCUGCCUCUCGCUCAAAAGCUCAUUAACGGCACGCGAGAGGCUCUGAGCUUCGCCGGUAGCCGUAGUCAGUCGCAGUCUCCGAGCGGGGUGGGCUCCAGGAGGGGUAGCGUGAGCAGCAUGAGCAGCGUCACGUCAGUGAUUGAUGACAAGGACGAUGAGAAGAUUCGCUGCUGUCGACACUGCACGGACACGCUGCGGAAGAAGCAGCACAAGUUGGAUGACAAAGACUUUGUGCCCGAUAUCGUCAAACUUUACGAGAGGUUGAGGAUGUGCAUGGACAAGGUGGAUGAAAAGGCCCCCGAAUACAUCCGAAUGGCUGAGUCACUCAACGCCGGCGAGACCACCUACAAUCUUGACACAGCGGGGGGACUUCGACUGGAAGUGCAGAAAUAUUAUGAACUCAUUGAUGCUCUUAGCAAGAAGAUUUUGACUUUGGGAGUGAAAAAUGAUCCUCAGCCGCAUCCAAAGGCACUGCAGCUGCAGAGGAUGGUGCGCUACUCAGCCACGCUCUUUGUACAGGAGAAACUUCUGGGGCUCAUGUCGUUACCAACCAAGGAGAAAUAUGAGGAGCUGAAAGAAAAUAGGAAACGCCAACAAGAGAUGAGACUCCAACAAGAGAGAUUGGCUGCCCAGGAGGUUGUGACGAGAAAUCGUCCUGCUGCGAGCUCUAACGGCGAGCCGCCACUCGCCCCCAGGGCUGUCAGCAUGACCAAAGCCGGGGGUUGGUUGCCCUCGCCCGACUCCUCAGGCCACGUGCGCAGGGCGCUUGACGACCCCCUCUUACAGCAGAUCGAAAACAUUCGCUCGUUCCUGCGGCAGGCGCGCGAGGCCAGCAGAACGGACGAAGCAACAAUGCUGGAGGAGAACUUGCGUCAGCUCCAGGACGAAUACGACCGGCGGCAGACCGACCUGGCCCUCGCACUCUCGCAGAAGCUGGCAGAAGAAGAGAACGAGCGGCAGGGUGAGCUGCGCCGCCUGGAGGCCUGGGAGAGAGCAGAGAACAAACGUGGAAGUCCUACUCAGCAAGCAGAUUUUGAUCAUGUCAGUCCUGACGCAAGCUCCCUCGCGGAGGAGUUCCCUCCUGCAAACGCUGACGGACACGGUAACCUUCCAUGUGAUGAGGCCUCGACACCCGUCGAGGAAGAUCCGUCCAAUCCCUUCUGUGAGGACAUCAAGAGGGAGCGCAUGGAAGCGGCCAGUGAAAAAAGAGAAUACAACCCUUUUGACGAGGACGAUACACAGAACGAUUGUGUUCCCAGCAAUCCCUUCGAGGAGGAAGAGGAGCACGACAACGCGGACAGCGGCAACCCCUUUGCAGAGGAAGAUGAGCGUGACGACAACAUGGGCAGCCGCAAUCCCUUCGCGGAAUGCUCAAAAGCCGGCUCGUCCACCAAUCCCUUCGAUUGUGACGACGAUGACAACGUGGACUUGAUCGAAGAAGAACUCCUGCUGCAGCAGAUCGACAACAUCAGGGCAUACAUUUUUGACGCCAAGCUCAGUGGCCGAACGGACGAAGUGGAGCUGCUGGCUGAGAACUUAAGAGAGUUACAGCAGGCCUUACGUGAGCACAAGAAAAACGAGCUGUGA